AGAUGAUCCUGCUUAUCGGUGUGCUGCUUGGCUGCGGUUCAGGGGCUGACACGAAGCGGGAGCCAGGGCGCGCUGCGCCUCUCGCUUGAAGCUGCGCGAGGAACCCUCAGGGGAAGAAGCCGCAGGAGGAGCGCAAGGGCCGGUCACCUUUCGAGGAGCUUCUGCAGGGAGGUAGACGAGAGCACGGACGGCAGGAUGGUCAUUCGGUUGUUCGUCGCCUCUUCCUCGGGCUCCGUGGCGAUUAAGAAGAGACAGCAGGACAUUGUACGAUUUCUGGAAGCCAACAAGAUUGACUUUGAAGAAGUGGAUAUCACCAUGUCAGAAGAGCAAAGGCGCUGGAUGUAUAAGCAUAUUCCUCAAGAUAAGCAGCCUGCACAAGGCAAUCCGUUGCCACCUCAGAUUUUUAGUGAUGAUCAGUACUGUGGAGAUUAUGACUCGUUUUUUGAAGCCAAGGAAAGCAACACUGUCUUUACGUUUCUUAGGAUAAAGCCUGGUCUGGCAUCAAAGGAGUCAGAGCCCUAGAAAACUUUGAGGAUUCAACAAGCAGACUGUUUGGGUGAAUGAAGUCCUUGAUGUUCAGCAUACAACAGCUUCCCUAGUGGAUCACUGUGAUACAAGCCAAUAUGCACCAUCCAUAUUUUGCUUGACACUAAAGAGGUGGAUUAAGAAAGUGGACGCACAAUGGGAAAGGUGGUGGUGGUGGUGGUGGUGGGUUCUUCCUUCUUUUUAACAUACCUGAAGCUGAUGCUGGCAACUGAAUUCUGACACUGAAGGUGGUAAAUGUUUGGUCACUCUGAAUGAAUAGUGUGUGUAUUGCCAGAGAUCCAGACAUAUCCAGUGCUAUGAAAUCCAGUGGAAAUAACUACAAUUCUUUAAUGCAGUUAAAUGUAAAGCUGCAAACACUUCAGUCCAGAAAGCCAAAUAUUGCAGUAUUCUGGUUUUCAGAAUAUCUGCUGAUUGUGCUGUUUGUGUUGAAACAUACUUGCCGCUGGAGAUGUGGCCUGGUAUAUAUUCCCACUUAAAAGUAAAGCCAAAUUGUGAAGUACCAUCUGGAUGGUAUAUAGAAGUAUUCCUGCAUACAAAUUUAAUUUCAGCUAUGGUGACCUAGCUACAAGUUACAGCAAUCUUUUCACAGGGCUCAAGCAAGGCCGUUGACAAGUAGAUUCUAAAGUGAGAACUACAACAAAACCUACCUUCUCUAGAUGGGAUGUUCAGGUGCUUUGUCAAGUCAAGCUACAUUGCAUAUAUUUGCCAAAAUUUAUAUUUUUGAGCUAUAGAUCAUAUUUCACCUCCAAAGUAAUCAUAUCACCUGUGGAAUUGUAUUGUUUCCUAUGAGAGUAUUGUACAACAAAGAUUAAAAAUCUGUAGCAUGCUGUCUUGUCUUCUUACACCCUGUAACCCAGAACUUUAAGCAGAUGAAUAGUUCUGUUGCCUUAAAGAUGAAAUAGAUGGUGACCAGGGAUGUUCUUAAAUACAGAAUCAUUAUUUUCUGCCUUUCCAAUGUGUCACUUUAAAUGGCUGUAUUAGAUUUGGCUUGUGAUUUUUCAUAUUCCAACAGAGAGUCAUAUGCAGCUGUUCUUACUUGUAGGGAUUGCACAAUGUACUUCAUUAGUAUGACUAAAAAGAAACUAAAUGGGAAAAAGUAAAACUAAACAAUUACUGCAUUUUAAAGGUGAUGUGUUGAUAAUACAUUUUACCUGUUUUGCAGCCUCAUCCAAACUCACCAGUGGCAGGCCACGGCACUGAUGCUGUCAUGCCCCCACAGAGGCUUUUGUUAUUGCCCCAUUAAGCUUCAGUUUCCCUUUAGUUAGCAUGGGUUUAGUUCAUUAUAAAUUCUUCUAAGGAAGGGAAUUUUAGUUA